UGCUGGAGUCCCAUUCAACAGCCCAAUUUUCUCCGGUUUUCUGAUCACACUAUUAGUCCUUUAGGGAUUCACAUAUUUUGUGUGUUUUUUAACUAAUCAGUCCCAUUCAGUGAAAGUUUAGUCUUUUUCUCUUGUUAGAUAUCUCCAUAACCUAGAUGCAUUCUCCAAAGGAGGAGCAGAGUAACCCUCUGAAAAGAAGUUUCAGUGAGAUGAACUCAGCAGACCCAUCACCUGAUAUGAUUGUUGUAGAUGGAAAUAAUGCUGCUAUGGAAGACCAUUCUUCAUCUUCAAAACCAGAGGAAUUAAACCCCAGAGGGUAUCAAUUGCAGGUGUAUGAGGUUGCAAAGAGAAGAAACAUAAUAGCAGUGUUGGAUACAGGUGUAGGGAAGACAAUGAUAGCUGUGAUGCUCAUCAAAGAUUUUGGUGAAGCUUUUAAGUCUGGUGACAGUAAAAAGUUGAUUGUUUUCUUGGCCCCCACUGUCCAUCUAGUUAACCAGCAAUUUGAAUACAUAAAAGAUCAUACAAGUUUGGAAGUUAAGCAGUAUUAUGGAGCCAUGGGGGUUGAUGAAUGGACCUCGGAUUGUUGGGAGAAAGAAGUAAAGGGUCAUGAUGUUCUGGUGAUGACACCACAAAUUCUAUUGGAUACCUUAAGGAAGGCAUUCUUGAGUCUAGAGAUGGUGUCCUUAUUGAUAAUAGAUGAGUGCCACCGUGCUACUGGCAACCAUCCAUAUGCGAGAAUAAUGAAGGAAUUUUAUCACAAAUCCAAGAACAAGCCGAAGAUUUUUGGAAUGACAGCAUCACCUGUAGUUAGCAAGGGUGUCUCCUCCAGCGAUGAUUGUGAGGGUCAAAUGUCAGAACUUGAAAGUGUUUUGGAUUGCUUGAUAUAUACCAUUGAAGACAGGACAGAGAUGGAAACAUAUGUUCCGACUGCUAAGGAAAGUUGUAGGUUUUAUGAUCCAGCGAAAUUUUCUAGUUCAGAUUUGAAAGCAAUGGUAGAAGCCUCUCGGUUAAAGACCGACGUAUCAUUGAUGAAGUUGCAAGACUCACUGCAAGUUUCUUAUAAAGACUUGGAUGAUAAGCUUAAAGCACUACAAAAGCGAUUAUCAAAUGAAAAUGCUAAGAUUCUGCAUUGUCUUGACAAUCUUGGUCUCGUAUGUGCUUAUGAGGCUGUUAACGUCUGUCUAGAGAACAUCAUUGACACCAAAGAGGAAUGUGAAGCAUAUAGAGAAAGUGUGUUGCAGUGGCAAAAUUUCCUUGAGGAAGUCCGAUGCUUAAUUGGGGAGUCCCUUCCCCUCGGCGAUAAAGGUUUUCUGAAUUCCGGAUUUGACUAUUUAAAGGCAGUAGAUCUUGGCUAUAUUUCUCCAAAACUGCAUGAACUACUUCAACUUUUCCAAUCAUUCGGAGAAACUAGACAAGUAUCGUGCCUGAUUUUUGUUGAAAGAAUUAUUACUGCUAAAGUAAUUGAAAGAUUUGUGAAGAAAGUGAGCUAUUUAUCACAUUUCAUGGUAUCAUAUAUGACUGGAAGUAAUACAUCAGUUGAUUCCCUGGCACCAAAAGCAAAGGAAACCUUGGAGUCAUUUCGAUCUGGGAAGGUGAACCUAUUAUUUACUACUGAUGUGGUUGAGGAAGGAAUUCAUGUACCAAACUGCUGGUAUGUGAUACGUUUCGACCUGCCAAAGACAGUCCGGAGUUAUAUACAAUCUCGAGGAAGAGCUAGGAAGAACAAUUCUGAAUUCAUCAUGAUGCUUGAGAGGGGAAAUUUGAAACAAAGAAAUCAAAUAUAUGAUUUAAUCAGGAGUGAGUACUCAAUGACAAAUACAGCAAUUAAAAGAGAUCCUGAUUCUCAUCUAUGCAUUCUAAAAAAUUGUUCCUUUGAAGAACCCAAUACUUUUGUUGUGGAUGCUACGGGAGCUUCAGUUACUGCAGAUUCUGCUGUUAGCCUCAUCCAUAGAUAUUGUGGAAAGCUCCCUGGUGACAAAUAUUACACGCCAAAGCCAAGUUUCGAGUUCACAUCUUCUGAAGGAUUAUAUGAGUGUAAAUUAACAUUACCUGUUAAUGCAGCCUUUCACACAAUAGCUGGUCCACUGUCUAGGAAUUCUCAUUUAGCAAAGCAGCUUGUAUGCUUAGAAGCAUGUAAGCAGCUUCAUCAAGUGGGUGCCUUGAAUGAUCAUCUUAUUCCAUCCAUCGAAGGGCCUUCAGAAAAUGCUAUUGUUUCUAAAGGAAAGGAUUCUGAUUCUGGUGCAGGUGCAGGAACUACAAAACGUAAGGAGCUUCAUGGAACAACUUGCAUUCAGGCUUUAUGCGGAAGCUGGGGAGAAAAAUCCGAUGAUGCUGUUUUCUUUGGCUAUAAAUUUGACUUCAAAUGCAAUAUCGUUACUGUGAUUUAUUCCCAAUUUGUUCUUCUAAUUGAAUCAAAGCUUGCAGCUGAUGUGGGGAAUACUGAAAUGGAUCUUUACUUGAUUGGAAAGACGGCUAAGGCUAGUGUUUCUUCCUGUGGGCAAGUGCAUUUGAAUGCAGAACAGAUGAUGGAAGCAAAGCGCUUUCAGGUUUUCUUCAAUGGCUUGUUUGGAAAGUUAUUUGUUGGAUCUAAAUCAUCUGGAACACCUAGAGAAUUUCUUCUUCGUGAUAAAACAAGCUCUUUGUGGAGUCCAUCCCAUAUGUAUUUGCUUUUACCCCUUGAGGAUUGUUCAGCUAAUGAAUUGAGAAUAAACUGGCCUGCGAUAAUAUCUUGUACAUUUGCUGCAGACUUUUUAAAUAAAAAUUCUUUGUUAGGCACAGAGCAAUAUGAUGGUGAUAGAAGCAAUCCAUCAUUUAACCAUACUGGUUCACCUGUGGCAGACUAUGAGGAAACCAAUAUGAUUCACUUUGCUAACAGUUCAGUUGAUGUUAACGGUCUUAGAAAUAAGGUAGUACUGGCUAUUCACACUGGAAGAAUCUACUGCGUCAUUGAGGCUGUGAGUGAUAUAACCGCCGGCAGUUCGUUUGAUGAAACUGUUGAUAAGGUCUCAUCAGGGUUUGCUUCCUUCUCUGAAUACUUCUGCAAAAAGUAUGGGAUUGUGCUGAAACAUCCACGACAGCCUUUGUUGCUGUUAAAGCAGAGCCAUAACCCGCACAAUUUGCUUGUGAAUUUUAAUGAUGAAGGUGUUUCGGCUAAAGCAUCACAAGCUGGCGUGGUUAACGAAAAGCCACGCUUCCAUGUCCACACCCCUGAGCUUUUGCUUGCCCUUGAUGUCCCAGUAAGUGUUCUAAAAGCACUUUACUUACUGCCAUCAGUAAUGCACCGGCUGGAGUCGUUAAUGUUGGCUAACCAACUUAGAGAAGAGAUCAAUUUUCAUUCUAGCAACGUCGAUAUUCCAAGCUCAAUGAUCCUGGAAGCAUUGACAACACUUAGAUGUUGUGAAAGUUUUUCCAUGGAAAGAUUGGAAUUACUUGGGGAUUCAGUUCUGAAGUACACUGUUAGCUGCACAGUUUUUCUUAAAUAUCCCAGCAAACAUGAGGGACAAUUAUCUUCGAGGCGUUCAUUGGCAGUAUGUAAUUCAACCCUGCAUAAGUUGGGAACUGACCACAAAAUACAGGGAUACAUUAGGGACGGUGCUUUUGAUCCCCGUCGCUGGGUUGCUCCCGGACAACAAUCUCUUCGCCCGGUUCCUUGCAAGUGUGGAGUGGAAUCUCUAGAAGUUCCUUUGGAUAAAACUUUUCAGACCGAAGACCCCAAAAUUAAGGUUGGAAAAUCAUGUGAUAGAGGCCACCGAUGGAUGUGUUCAAAAACCGUAUCAGAUUGUGUUGAAGCUCUCAUAGGAGCAUACUUCGUAAGUGGUGGACUUGUUGCUGCCCUUCAUGUGAUGAAGUGGCUCGGGGUUGAUGCUGAACUUGAUCCCUCUAUGGUUUCUGAAGUCAUUAAUCAAGCAUCCCUGCGAAAUUAUCUACCCAGUAAUGAAAUCCACGAUAUAGAGUCAAAAGUUGGCUACAACUUUUCUGUUAAGUUCCUCUUACAGGAGGCCUUGACACAUGAAUCUGCGCAUGAGUUCUACUGUUACCAGAGGCUCGAAUUUCUUGGUGAUUCUGUGUUGGACUUGCUGAUCACCCAAUAUCUCUACCACAAUCACACUGAUAUAGAUCCAGGAGAGUUGACCGACCUGCGGUCCGCUACAGUUAAUAAUGAAAGUUUUGCUCAAGUUGCCGUGCGCCACAACCUUUAUAAACAUCUUCAACAUAGUUCAGCUCUACUAACAGACCAAAUAAGUGAAUAUGUACAAUCCUUCACUGAUUCUCAAAACACCACCAGAUCAGAUCCUGGGAUAAAAGGUCCCAAGGCUCUUGGAGACCUAGUUGAAAGUAUUGUUGGGGCAAUUCUGAUUGAUACGAACCUGAAUCUUGACGAAGUCUGGAGAAUUGUUGAACCACUGUUGUCUCCAAUUGUGACCCCAGAUAAGCUUGAACUGCCUCCGCUUCGGGAACUGAAUGAAUUAUGUGACUCUCUUGGAUAUUUUAUCAAGGAAAAAUGUGCAAAUAUGGGGGAAGUGGUGCAUGCCGAGCUUCUAUUGCAGCUAGAUCAUGACCUGUUGGUCGGAGAGGGGUUUGAUAGAAGUAGAAAAGUAGCGAAAGGAAAAGCAGCUUCGAAUUUGUUGAAGCAACUUGAGAACAGAGGAAUCUCCCGUAAGAGAAAGAAACAUGACUGUGCGGAUUCAAAUCAAACCGUUGAUGAUGAAUCGUUAGAACCAACAAUCCAUAAGAGGCAAAAGAGACCCGAAACUCAGUUGCUUGAUGAUUCGAAGGUAGCAUGCGGUGCUACCCCUGCCACCCCAGUUAUGGUAACGAUAAAGACAAAGAAAGGAGGACCAAGGAGUACGCUUUUCGAGCUGUGUAAGAAACUGCUAUGGCCUAUGCCUACAAUCCAACCAACAGAACACAAAUCAAGCACUCCAAUGGAAAUCGGCGAAGGUACCGAGAGAAGAAAAGGGUUUAUCAGCUUUGUGUCGAAAAUCACCUUGAAUGUCCCGGGAUAUGACAUUAUGGAAUGCUCUGGUGACACAAAAGCUGACAAGAAAAGUUCUAUGGAUUCUGCGGCACUAUUUAUGCUUUACGAGCUUGAACAGCGUGGGAAGAUUGUUAUCGAGGAAACCUUGGAAUUCUAAUUCAAGAUGGUCGAGAAUGCCAUGGAAGGUGAUGUUUGCUAUCUAUCUUUUCUGCCCCGAUACUGAGUCGCAACAAAAUAUCAAUCUACUUGUGUAAAUUGCCCAUAGUCCAACAUGCCAUGCUAAUGAAUACUUCAUCUCUUCCAUUAGAACUCCCAAAGAAAUCAAUUCUUUUGAAAAUCAGGCCUUCGCAGUCUGCCGUAGCUUUCGGUUGGCAUAAACAAUUGUAGACGCCGUAAUGCAAAAAUGUUGAGCCAUCGACGCUGAAUAUAUGUUCAAAUUGGCCAA